GUUUUUACUGUUCUCUGUGAUCGACAAGUAAUGACGCUGUUCUUGCAUCAGGAAUGUGCGAAGACUGCGUCUUGUGCUCAACCCUUACCUGCGGCAGAUCCGCGUGUCGGCGAACGUCCGGAAUACCGAUGUUUGGAGGAAAAACCGAAAGUCUCGUUCGAGUCUGCGGAGAUGAAGCCAACUUGUGGCCUUAAUCUUCGGUCGAUUCAAAGGAUACGAGAUCGACUGAGCGCGUCGUCUGCAGUGCGCGUGAUGAGCAGGUUCUUGCGUGUGGGGAGUAGACACGAGCGUAGUCGUGGAAGAGUUAGUUCUGAAAAAUGCAGCUCUGGGUCAAGCUUUGCAGCAGCACCCUUCAGAGUAUCAGGCGCAAGGAGCGCCAGACAAAGAGUACAGCAAUCACGAAGUCGAAUGAGACCGCAGCAGAAAAGAAUAUUGAAGGGAUGUAUUUCUUCGACACGCCGAAUUUCGAGAAUAAGACAAUUGAUGUCAUCAUGUUUCUGCUUCUUGUCAUCGACAUUUUGCACCAUGAGAACAUCAUUUGGGGCGCUGCACCUGUGCGCACUUACUCUGCUUUCAUCGCUCCUGCUUGCCGUCGUAGCGAUUCCGGUAAUGCGUCGACUAGAGACGGACGACGCGUUGCAUCCAGAGUGCAUAUGGAAGGACGACCCGUUCGACGACUUGAAAGAUGUGCGCAUAUAUGCUCUGAUCUACUACGGCCGCCGCAGCUAUGUGGACAUGCUCAAUGCGUAUUUAGAGAGAAAUUUACGAGAAAACGGCGGCGUCUUGGACGGCGUUCUUUGGGCCUUGGUGAAAUACGAUAUGGCUGAUUUGCAAUACUUGGUUCAGCUGCAGCGUCGCAACCCACGAAGCUACUUUAUUCCGCCGAUAGAGGGUGGCGGCUGGGACGUAAUUUGGAAAGUCGUGGAUGAGCCUGGAGCCUACUACGUAAAAAUUGACGAUGACGUCGUCUUCAUUGGCGACGGAGCGAUCCCGGAACUCGUACGCGAGAAGCGGCGGGGCCGAUUUCUCUUCGUGAGCGGGAACGUGAUCAACCACGGCAUUGUGUCCGCGGUGCACCAGGUAAGUAGAUACAACUUGUACUUGUACAUAUAAUUCUCUGAGUGAGUAACGUUUAUUCUGUGAGUCCCAGAAGGAGAAGUGCCUCGCGCCCCGUAAGCGACGACUCCCGUAAGUGCCUCACGCCUCGCGUAAGCGACGUGUCCCUUAAGUGCCGCGCGUUCCGCAUAAGCGCCGAGCCUCGCGUAGUUUUCACGUGCCUCGCGCUCGUUUAUCGCCAAGGUUUCGCGGAGCUUAGUCGACUGAAGCUGUCACGACACAUGGCUUCAUUGAGGCAGUCACUAUUUGUGCGACGCACGGCUUAAGCGAAACAGUCACUGCUUAAGCGACGCGGAGGUUAAGUGAAGCAGUCACCACUUAAGCGACGCGGAGCUUAGGUGAAGCAGUCACCACCUGAGCGACGCGCCGCCGAAAUGUAACGGACGGCACGCAGGGAAGAAUCCAUCUGAGGCUUUACAAGUGCUUCACCAUUUGUCUUGAAAAAUCCACCUGAACACCCUGUACCAACAGGAAAUGACGCAGUAUCCAUGGUUGGAGAAACCAGAACCGGAUGAGAGCGGCAAGCUCGGCAAAUGGAAUUUCAAGCAAGAUGUAAUGUUGGACCCCAACUUUCGAAUCGAGCAUACGUUUUAUUCGGAUUGUAUAUGGCGUCGGUGGGACUGCGCGGCGUGGAGCCACGAGGUUCUACUUCACAGAAUAGAACAAGGGAGCAUGUGCGCGCUGGAUUUUGGUAUCGACGAAAGUUGUAUGCGUAGUAAGCUGAUCAAAAGACGAGACGAGUCUGAAAUCUAGUUUUGAUUUUCGGGAUCGCGCUCUGGUGUUGCGAGUGCUCUGAGUAGAUAUGAUCUCCUAAGGAAAAGGAAAAUACCUUUUCUUCCUAUGACCACUGACCUCCUCUGUUCCAAAAUAGCGUGCUUUCUCACAGGUGUUUUUGAUUUUCAUGCGCACGGUUACGAAACCAUGUCGGAUGGAAUUUCCAGGCACGUCGACUGGAAUAUUAAUUUCUUUGCGUUUGCGUAUGACGAUUUUUCGGAUAUCAGUUGGAAUGGCAUUGCCACCGACGAUGAGGGGGAGUUCUCCACACAACAUCCGAAGCGGCGCAACCAGCACGCCGCCGCUUUGGGACGAGCAGUAGUGGCACAUUGGUCCUUCUCUAUCCAGGAGAACGGCCUUGUCCAGAAUACGACUCUGCUGGAGCGGUAUCGAGAGUUAGCAGAGAAAUUGAUGUACGAAAACGCAGUUAACUUCUACAACGGAGUUAUGCAGCCAAGGGGUCACGUGUAGCUCCAAAGAAACAACAAAACAAAUCUAAUGAUGCUCGAAGGGCCUUUCUACCCUCACCUACAACCACUGGUAGAUGGGUCUAAGAAUGGAAUUCGUGGUUGGAAACAAGAUCGGAACGCGCUCCUUUUUUAUCAAGUUUAUCUGUAGUCAUCAUUAUUGCUUGAAAAUUAAUGAUUGCACUCUCCAUCAAUGAUUCUCGCGCUCGCAAGACAGAAGGUUCUAAGUCAAUAUGAAGAAUGCAGUUUGACGGUGACUUUGUUGUUUCUCUACUGUGUCAGUGACUUUGUUGUUUCUGUACGAUGUCACUGAAGUGUGUCAAGGAAAGUUGCGCUGUUUGUCUGAUCUUGCUGGGCUCGUUCUCAACGAAGGGCUUCAAUGAAAGAAGACGAGUUCUCCGGAACGGAACGUUACCUGCCGAC